CGCCGCCGACAGGAUUUAACCCCGAGGAGGCUGCCGAAGAGACCACUCACUGUGCCAGGAACACUGGAGGAGGCAGCAGAGGUCAGUCAAGGUAGCUGACAGUCAUCACGCCGCUCGAGUCUCACGUCAGAAUGGUUUCGACGCUGCUGCUGCUCCUGGCGGGAGCGAUGACCGCCGUCACCGCCGCCCCCCAGCAUGUUCCACGCGUCCCUGGACAUGCCCUCCAUGUUCCCCAGCACGUCCCCAGACACGUACCUCAUCAAGGACACCAGUACGUUCCCCAAUACGCCUCAGACCGCGCCCCCUGGCACGUGACCCGCCACGUCCCCCAGCAUGCACCUCGUGCCUCCCUGGAGGACGUCCGCUUCCUGUUGUGGACCAGUAAUAAUGCUGGCGAUGACGAGUACCAGACGCUGAAGAUAGGCGACCUCAACAGCCUGGGUCACUUCAACGGCAAUGACCCAACCGUGGUGGUGGUGCACGGCUUCUCCAACCACGGCUACGAGGGCUGGCCGGUGGAGGCCAAGACAGAGCUGCUGAAGCUGGGCUCAUACAACGUGAUCUCGGUGGAGUGGGGCAGGCUGGCCGUGGCGCCCUGGUACCCGUCAGCAGUGAAGCACGUGCCGCAGGUGGGUAACCUCACCGCACACCUGCUGGACUGGCUGCACGAGGCGGCGGGAAUGCAGGCGGCUGGGGUGCAGGUCGCCGGACACUCCCUCGGGGCUCAUGUGGCGGGCGCCAUUGGACAAAACCUUAAAAACUUCCGCCUUCCCUUCAUUACAGGCAUGGACCCAGCCGGCCCCUGGUUUUACAACGACCCGGAAUUGUCUCGCCUCGAUAAGAGCGACGCAGACUUCGUGCAGAUCAUUCACACCAACGGCGGCGGCAUGCUGGCGGGCUGCGUGGGGCUCAAGGACAAGAUUGGUCACGUGGACUUCUUCCCCAACGGCGGGAAGCACCAGCCGGGCUGCACCAUUGGAGGCAGCUGGAUGGACCUGCUGACGGGUGGGUGCAGUCACGGCAAGUCACACAAGUACUGGAUAGAAAGCAUCAACGGCACGCCCGCCUUUGUGUCUCAGCCCUGCAGCGACUGGACCACGUACACGAAGGGCGUCUGCAAUGCCUGUGGUCAGGGCUGCCUCAACAUGGGCUUCCACGUGGAUCGCAGCCUGGAGGGCACCUACUACCUCACCACCAACAAACACCAGCCCUUCGCCUUGGGUGCGGUCCCCUCCCCACGCUACCAGCCCCACUAUAGAGCUUAAGGUGAAGUUUUUGAGUGACUGACACGCUGCUGCACUUGGCGUAAGAAGUGGAGAACCCGACACAGUGUGGCGCGGCGGCGGUAUUAUGAGGAGAGCGCACUGAACUUUUUCACUGGUUAACAGGAAGAGUGAAAGGAGAAACAGUGAAGCCUUUCCUAACCGUCCCGCACCACACCAAGUAACACUGACCAACCCACCCGUCAAGCGGCGGAAAGUUUUAUUGUUAGUAUAAAUGUGACUGUUUAAUUUUUGACCGGGGCGACUCGAGGCCAAUACAAAAACUCGAAAGAAAAAAAAAAAAAAAAAAAAAACAAUGAUGACUUUCUAAACACCAUUAUGCACAACACUUCUACUGUUGUGUCUUCGCCUCAAACUAAUGUGACUGGUCUAAGUUUACACUUCACAGAUGGUUUUGCAAAGCACAGACAACAAGAAGUAAUCAUGAAGUUAAACUCUUCGAGCACCUUUAGCUUAAUUUUCCCAAAGCAAAAUGGUUCAAGGCAAUUAUAAUUAAUAUAAAAACUAUGUAUUGUCAUCAGCAGUUCAAAGGUUAACCACAGCACACACGUCAAUACCUGUUAUGACCAUACAAUUUGAGGCUGAGGUGAUGAGAACGGCAGACAAACUGACAACGAUUCUAAAGUGUUUCUUGAAAUCUUGACUGAACUGGCAUUUAUUUUGACACAGACAAAUAAAAAUGAACUUAA